GGUGUCGCCGUGGAGGCUCCCAUUCGAAGGCGACGGCGGUCGUCUAUAUUUCGGUUGUAAUCUCUCCAGAAAAAAAGGCGAAAUAACUCCGAAAAGACUGUGAAUUCAACAGACUUCAACGUUGAGAUAUUUUUCUAAUUCUUCCUUGUCCUGCGUGUGGCAGGGCUGUGGAAUGACGGGGCGUGCUGAGAAUUUGAAUUAGCUCGCGUUAGUUUUGAAGAAAGAGUGAGUCGAGAGAGAGGAGCCAUUUUGUCCCGACUGUGUGGGAGAAAAGAGAGUGGAAAAGAGGAAUCACACGGGAGGAGAUCCUAUUUUUUGCUUUCUUUUCUCAUGCUGUAAGGGGGGAAACAGUCGGGCUUGGGAAAUUGAACUUCUCGGACACGUUAUUUGGGAGGUAUUUAGCCAACUAGCUUGCCAAGCUAAUCAACAAAUCCCAGAUUGUGAACUGUUUCACAGUCAAGAGAAGCGGGGCAGUUUGGUCAAAGGAGCUGGCUUUAGACUCCACACAGGCGUGCUAGGUUAUCCGGGGUUGUUUUUUUUGUAACUUGUCUGGGUCAACACAAGCUGUUCUUCAAUGGCGAAGAAGACGUACGACUUGCUGUUCAAGCUGCUUCUGAUCGGAGACUCGGGCGUGGGGAAGACCUGUGUGCUGUUCCGCUUCUCUGACGACGCCUUCAACACCACCUUCAUUUCCACCAUAGGAAUAGACUUCAAGAUCAAAACUGUUGAAUUACAAGGAAAGAAGAUCAAACUACAGAUCUGGGACACAGCGGGCCAGGAACGGUUCCACACCAUCACCACCUCCUACUACAGAGGAGCCAUGGGCAUCAUGCUGGUCUACGACAUAACCAACGCCAAGAGCUUCGAAAACAUCAGCAAGUGGCUGCGCAACAUUGACGAGCACGCAAAUGAGGACGUUGAGAGGAUGCUGCUAGGCAACAAGUGUGACAUGGAGGACAAGAGGGUCGUACCAAAAGCCAAGGGGGAGCAGAUUGCGAGGGAGCACGGCAUUAGGUUUUUUGAGACGAGUGCUAAGGCCAACGUCAGCAUCGAGAAGGCUUUCCUCACGUUAGCAGAAGACAUCCUCAGAAAGACGCCUGUAAAAGAGCCCAACAGUGAAAACGUCGACAUCAGCAGCGGAGGCGGAGUCACAGGCUGGAAGAGCAAGUGCUGUAGUUGAACAACUCCUCGGUUACACGCAUACUAACGCGCGCGCACACACACACAUAUUCUCUCUCUCCCUCUCUAACUGCUAACUCUAACCCUCUCGCUCUCUAAUAUGUCUCAUGAGUUUUCUUGCACACUGACACUCUCUGUCUGUCUCUUUAUCAGAAUAAAACAAUAAACUACUUCACUCGUCUAAUCCCCCUCCUCCACCAUAUUC